AUGGAGAAGGCCAGCCAUACGAGCCAAGACUACGACCAUGUCGAACACAUGCCAGCCGUCACGGGCGUCGAGUCUUAUACAGACCAUCGCGCCGACGACGACAGAGCAGAUGAAGCCAGGGGUCGAAAUGCAGAUAAGUUUGACAGGAGCUACUGGCUGUCGGUGAAUUACAUUGGGACUCUUUUCGCUGUCGGCAUGGCGUUCAUGGGAGGCAUUGGAGGCUACGGUCUCAUUGCCCCUAUCUUGUCGCAAAUCAACGAAGACAUCGGCCCUGAUCCGAAUAUCAAUUGGGUACCGCUAGUUAACUUGGCUGGAGGAGCUAUAUUCUUCUUGAUGGUUGGGCAGCUGUCUGAUAUCUUCGGACGGCGUUGGUUCUUCAUCAUUGGCUCUAUCCUGGCGCUCAUUGGUUCGAUCGUGGGUGCUACGGCGAAGAACGUGAACACACUUAUUGGGGCGGAAGUCCUCAUCGGCAUCGCAGUCGCCUUUCAGCAAUCAUUUUUCUGGGUGGUAGCAGAGCUCGUUCCCAUGAAAUAUCGCUACUUCGCCAACUCGUACUGCUACCUGAUGACGACUCCCACCAGUCCUCUAGCAGCCAGAGUGGCCUACAGCUUCCAGACAUACCCUGGCGGAUGGCGCAACUGCUUUUACCUGCUCAUCGCAGUCAACGCUACCAGUGCGAUCGCAUGGUACCUGUUCUACCAUCUACCGACCUUUGGUAUGCUGCAUCGCCAAAAGGCCGCGAGAGACCUCUUCCUCAAUUUUGAUUGGAUCGGUCUUAACCUGUACUCUGGAGGACUGUGUAUCUUGAUCUUCGGCCUGAACUGGGGAGGUGUUCUCUACCCGUGGGACUCGCCCAACGUUAUCGCGACAAUGGUUAUCUUCCUCUCGAAGCGCGGGAAAGAGCCAUAUCUGCCGCUCCAUCUUUUCAAGAACAUCCGAUUCAUGUCCGCUGCAUGGAAAAACGGCCUGGGAGCUUGCGUCUACUACGGUGGUGCUAUUGUCUUCCCACAAGUCGUCACUACGAUUUACCGUGGGCGGGGACAAAUCUCCGAGUAUGACGUUGGAACGCUCGCUGGCCUCAUCAACAUGGCAUUCGUCUUCGCCCAAUCAGUCCAUGGAGUCUUCGAAUGGUUUCUAGGUCCCAGAUGGUGCUUGAUCGGUUCGUCGAUUAUCGCCUGUGCUCUCUUGACAGCCUGUGCUACGGAUCUUGCGAAUAAGAGCCUGACUCUCGGCCUGGUUAUACCCGGAUCCUUCGCUAUUGGCCUCGUGGAGUCGGUCGCCACCACAACCUCGACAUUCCCACUCCGCUCACAAGAGGAAAUAGGACAAGGGGGAGGUCUUUGUGGAUCUGUCAGAAACUUUACAUCGGCAAUUGCAGUCGCAAUCUUUACAGCAACACUGGCGAACCGCCUUACGACUACGUUUGGCAACGAAGUCGCUCCAGUCGCUCUGCGAAUGGGACUACCCGAAGGUUCCCUGCCUGCAUUGUCCAUGGCUCUGCAAGGUAAAGGCCAGUACGACGCAGUUCCCGGUAUCAACCCGGACAUCCAAGCAGCAGUCCAAGAACCAUAUCGAGUCGCCUUUCAGCAAGCUGCGCAGACCGUGUUCCUCGUAACCUGCGCCUUUACCUCGAUUGCAAUCAUUCUGUCCUUCUUUACCACAAACAACGACAAGAGCACGGAGAACUAUGUCGCCGGAGGCGUCCAUAACGUCAAGGAUGAGAAGAAGUUCGCGCAUCAACAUGAUAGGAAGGAUGAGGAGCAUCAAUCCGAAGAGCAUGUGGGGAACAACAAGGACUAG